AUAUUCUGCUAUCACUUAAGCUCCUGUAGUCUCCAAAAGCUCCAUAGGUCUGUGAGCAAGCAAUGAGUACAGAUAUAGAGAUUGAAGGAUUCGUCCUAGGAAGAUACUUUGAACAAUGGGAGGAAGAAGGGAUAGCAGUGGGACUGGAGGUUGAUGAAAUAAUAUUAGAAGAAGAGGAGUCCGAGUAUCAAGAAAUCAGCAUCUUUAAAAGUAAGACAUUUGGUAAUGUGCUUGUGAUUGAUGAAGUGAUCCAAUGCACUGAAAGGGAUGAGUUUCCCUAUCAUGAAAUGAUGGCACAUUUACCUUUAUUCUCUCACCCUAACCCAGAAAAGGUAUUGAUAAUUGGUGGAGGGGAUGGAGGUGCAAUAAGAGAAAUUGCCAAGCAUCCUCUAGUCAAAGAAAUCCAUCAAUGUGAAUUAGAUAAAUUUGUGAUUGACACUGCAAAGAAGUAUCUACCAAAAUCAGCAAUCGGCUACUCUUCACCAAAACUAACCAUACAUUUAGAGGAUGGCAUAAAAUUCAUCAAUCGCUACAGUGAAGAAUUUGACGUCAUCAUUACCGAUUGUUCAGACUAUGACUUAGACUCUAGUAGGCCAUUUUAUGAGCAAGAUUACUAUAAGAAGGUGAAUAAGGCAUUGAAACCAAAUGGGAUCAUAUGCUCAUUAGCCGAAUGUAUGUUCACUGAUUUUGAAUUCAUGAAGACGUUUACAAAAACCAUAAGAAGUGUAUUCCCGGUGGUUAGGUACGCAUAUGGUAUAUAUAUACCUGGAUACAUUGGUGGUCAAUGUGGCUUCUUAGUAGCCACCAAAGACAAGACUAAAGUAUUAGAAGAGCCGGUACGUCAGUUAACUGAUGAAGAUAUUAAGGAUAUGAAUCUACGUUAUUAUAACACAGCAACACACAAAGCUUGCUUUGCACUCCCUCAAUACGUGAAAGAAGCUAUUGAAAAAUAUUAUUUUUAAGUUGUAAUAGUCAAAACACUUAUUGACAUGAUGUAAUAAUUAUGACUUAGACUUGAAUCAUAGGUUUUGUAUAACAAUUAAGACUAUAUAA